UGCGUUUUCGUGGAAUAUUUCCAAAAGAUGAAUGGUACGACUGGGACACGAGGAUCACCCGCAUGGACUACACUCCCUUUUACGUUACAAGAAACGAACGUCGCUUCGAGAACCUCACCAGACGCGUACACGACUUCAAUCAAGGUUUGGCCUACGUAAUCAAGCCAAGACUGAACUUCUGCAACAUCACCAAGAUCGAAAAUGUGACAAGUUGGGGAGACGUGAUGGUCGGGGAAGACGGUUCCGUUUUCAUGCAGAGUCCCUGGAACUACGAGGACCUUGACGAACCCAUGCAGUACAACGGCAUUCACUGGGAGCGUGGCUUAGAGACCGAUGUUUGGGUCGGCGUCAAGAAGAAUCCGCACCUUGGAAUCAAAGAAAAUUACGUUUGGUACUUUGCAUCGCCUUUGACAAAUGAAAUAUUAGGACGCCAAAGUCCUAAAUUACCAAGCUUCCCAACACUCGACAAGGUCCCAGUAAAAUUGGAGAAAUACAUUUCACUGAUGGAGGGGUUCCCACACGUCAUCUACAACAUCUACGACUACAACUCAGAGGUGCCCCACACUCACAAGCACGACGUGUCGCUUUGCUUCUCCCCCAGUCAGAUGAGGCACUUCAAGUUCGACCUCCCGGCCAAUUCGCUCAACAAAACAUAUUACCUCAGAGAGAACGUCAAGUACGCGACGAUGCAAAAGCUCGCCGAAGCUGCCAAAGUAUCGCCCAUAAGAAUUAAUCGCCUGGAAAUAAACGAGACAUCUGCGGCUCUGGAGGUGACGUUUACUGUCCUGGAGAAGCCGUCGAUCGUGGGUGACGUGCCGGGCGCCGGGAUGGACAGCAGCAUGGACGAGGCGGUGGAGCUGAUCCGGGCCACCCUCGACUCAUCUCAGCUGGUCGUCCUGGUCAAGAUCAGCGUAGGAAUCGGGGGCCUGGUCAGUGCUUGGUUAUUUACGCGUAUAUGUAACACAGGCGUCUAG